AAAUGGCCUCGAGCGGAAGUUUGCCCGCCCCUAGCGGAAGUGAUCAUGCCCCGAGCGGAAACGAGCAAGCGCCGCGCGCACGCGCUCCGGCUACUGUCUCGCCGCAGUGUCUUCGACUUUGCGGGUUUUGGAGGGUGCGGGGCGGAGGGGCAGGGGGGACCUUGUGUCCAGACCCCGACUGGCCCAUGGCCGCCCCGCAGCCCCACACGACCUAGCUGCGCGUGUGCCCGCGGCACAGCGGAUGUGGCGACGCGGGUUCGCGUCCCGGGGGCGGGGGCACGGGGGUCGGCAGGGUCGUGACCUCUCCCCUGAGCUGACCCCCGUGUACCCUAAACCUGGGGGAGGGGUGCGAUGCAGUCACUGAUCUCACCGGUGACCAAGGCCAUCCUGGUGGCCCUUUUCAUCUUCGCCAUCCUCCUCAUCCUCUACGUCAUCCUGUGGUACAUCUGCCGCGACGCGGACUGCGAUCACGGGCUGUGACCCUGGAGCAACCUUGAGCUGACUUUGAGCUUUUUGGGGGAGAGGACUCGGGGGAGAAAUUUGCAGUGGUGAGGAAAUGCAUCAAUAAAAGUUGCUGGAAAUGAAUUUGCAGCUGAGUUCAUGAGAAACAGAAGAAAAGGCCAAGAGUGUUGGCUAGAAGUAAUUCAUGAAAUUGCUGUGCUUGAAUUAGCACAGGAUAAUCCUUGGGUCAUUCGUUUUCAUGAAGUUUAUGAGAUUUCAUCACAUGUGGUCUUGGUUCUGGACUGUGCUACUCUAGGUGAAACCUUUGACCAGUGUGUUACUCAUAGAUGUGGCACCUCUAGCAAAAAACACGCUCAAAAAUUCAUGUGGCAGAUCUUAGAAGGUGUUCUACACUCUCAUGAUGUGAUUCCUGUUCAUUUGAAGAUGCAGAGGAACUACAGACAGGUGGGGGCCGGUGCUGUGGCUCAACUGGCUAAUCCUCCACCUUCAAGUGCUGGCAUCCCCUAUGGGUGCUGGUUCAUGUUCCAGCUGCUUCACUUCUGAUCCAGCUCCCUGCUUGUGGCCUAGGAAAGCAGUGGAGGAUGGCCCAAGUCCUUGGGACCCUACUCCCAUGUGGGAGACUCAAAGGAGGCUCCUGGCUGCUGGCUUCAGAUCGUCUCAGCUCUGGUCAUUGAGGCCAUAUGGGGAGUGAAUCAGCGGAUGGAAGAUCUUCCUCUCUGUCUCUCUUUCUGUCUGUAAUUCUGCCUUUCCAAUAAAAAUGAAUAAAUCUGAAAAAAAAAAAA